UGAAUUAUUUUUUGAUAAAUUGAUCUUUGUUUAUAUUGUCGUGAUAAUUUAAUCGAUGAUCAAAGUUUAUUAAAACUGUAAUACAAAGUUUGGGAAAAAUUAUUUAGAAGAUAUUAUUAAUAAUUCUACUUAAAAAGGAAUAAUGGAUUACAUCGGUUUUGCAACAUUACCCGAACAAGUGCAUAGAAAAUCAGUUAAAAGAGGAUUUGAAUUUACUUUAAUGGUAUUGGGUGAAACUGGUCUUGGAAAAUCAACCCUUAUUAAUAGUCUUUUUCUUGGUGAUUUGUAUAAAGAACGACGUAUACCAGAUGCAUCAGAACGAAUCGAUAAAACUACGACUAUUGAGAAAAAAACGAUGGAUAUUGAAGAACGUGGUGUUAGAUUACGUUUAACGAUUGUUGAUACACCAGGUUUUGGUGAUGCAGUAAAUUGCGAGGAUACAUGGAAACCAUGUUUGUCAUACAUCGAUGAACAAUUUCGUCAAUAUUUCACAGACGAAAGUGGAUUAAAUAGGAAAAAUAUUCAAGAUAAUAGGGUACAUUGUUGUUUAUAUUUUAUACCACCAUACGGUCAUGGUUUAAGACAAUUAGAUCUCGAAGUAUUACGACGAUUACAUAGAAAAGUUAACGUUGUUCCUGUUAUUGCUAAAGCUGAUACAUUAACAACCCAGGAAGUUAAAAAAUUGAAGGAACGAAUUCUAGCGGAUAUUGAGGAACACGAAAUUCAGAUAUAUCAAUUUCCUGAUUGUGAUAGCGACGAGGAUGAAGAAUUCAAACAACAGGAUAAAGAAUUAAAAGCGUGUAUACCAUUUGCUGUUGUUGGUAGUUCAACUGUAUUGGAAGUUGCAGGAAGAAAGGUUCAUGGUCGACAAUAUCCAUGGGGAGUAGUAGAAGUCGAGAAUCCAAAGCACAGCGACUUUGUGAAACUUCGUACAAUGCUGAUAUCGACGCAUAUGCAAGAUCUUAAGGACGUAACUCAAGAUGUACAUUAUGAGAAUUUUCGGGCCCAAUGCAUUUCACAAAUAUCACAACAAGCAAUACGGGAACGGAGAUAAGAAGGAUGCAAGAUAUAUUAGCACAAAUGCAAGAAAAAUUGAAAGCAACCGGACAAGUUGGCAAUAACAUCGGUUUGAGGGGUAGAGUUGGAAGUCUUGGUAACGACUUGGACGUUACUGAUGUAGAUAAGAAACGAAGCAGUAUUAUUGACGUUUAAUACAUAACAAGUUGAUAUAAUUAAUUAUUCAUCUUUUGAUUUAUAACAGUGUUAGGAUAAAAUGUUAACGUUUGAAACGAGAAUCACUUUUUUAUACGACUUAUUAUUAUCAUUAUUAUUA